AAGAUACUACAAAUAUAAUAUAAGCCAAGAUAAGAAUGAUUGAAGUCAAUGUGUUAAAGAGGUUGAUUAUUUUCGAUUUAAUGUUAUUAUGUUACCACUAUGAUUAUAUUUUACCAUUGUAGAUAAAUCUCGCGAACGAAUCAUAUUUUAGACAACCUUUGCUUCUAGUGUUUCUCUUGCCAUUCAAUGCAUCAUUAUUAUUGUUAUUCAAUUUAGGUGAAUCAUUUGGCCAUCUCAUAGGCGCUGUGUCUAUAUAAUGUUUUUGAAUUCAUACCAUUAUUAAUGUUUAUGAUUGAUAGUGAAAUACAUUGAAUUGAAAAUUAAUUGAAAGAGUAGGAUGUUCUUAAAAUUUAAUACAUAACAAACUAAUCCAUUGAACAGUUAAGUGUGCAUAUUUAAAUAGUCAAUUAUGCCUACGCAAAAUUGAGAACAGGAGAAGCAAUCGACUGUGUAAUUUAUCCCUUAAUAAAUCGAAUGGUUAUUUAAUGCAACAGAAUGGUGAAAUUAACAUUUAAUAUGUAAAAAAAUCUGGUUAUUCAAGUUUUAAUCGCCUAAAAUAAAUCCAUUUUAUUUUUACCAAUACAGGUGUAUAACAUUUGGAAUGAAGUGACCCUUAAACCAAAGAAGUUAAACAAUUAUGAAGAGAACCACCAGUAGUACGAGUUUAAUCAUUCAACUGCUUAAAGGAAAACAAUCAUCACGAAAUAAAAAAUUGAAAAUUUAGAAUUUUGUGUUUGACGUUUAUAGAAUAUAAAAUAAUGAUUGCGAUAUAGAAUUAGAGUAUAAUGAAUUAGUGGUAUCAACAUGAAUAAAUAGCCUGCAUACUGAAAAAAAACCCGUGCGUAUGACAAUCUUUUUAUGUGUUUGAAACCACAAAUAACAAUUUGUAUUAAAUUGUUAAUUUGCAAGCUAAAAAAUCAAAAUGUUUCAUACUAACAUAACAUUCGUACUCCCGUCAUUAAUUUCAUGAUUUACAUAAUUAUAAGUUAGGCCUUUAUAAUGUAUUAUAGAAAAUGUUGAAUAGGUUAGAUGACAGGUAAAACGAUGUAAUGCACUUAUGUGCGCUUUAUAAAUAUUAUUAUUAUUAUUAUUAUUUAAUAAUAAAAAUAUAGUUCAAUUUUAACUACAACAACACUAGACAACUAAUCCCGAAUUUAAUUACUGACAGACAGGCUUAUGCGAGGUGCACACAUAGCAUAGUACUUUUAACAUCGUGCCCGCAUAAACACACAGAAUAUAAGCAUGUUUAAUUCAACGAACGGAUCGAGAAUUCAUUUAUAAAAAGCAGGGUAGUCGAGAAAUGUAAUUUGUUUUCCAAGUACUGUAUGGUAUUAGGCAUACAGUUAGCGUUUUGAGGAACAUGAGUACGUACGGAUCAAUUCCAGCAGAUACCAAGAAAACCUCUUCGAAGCGAGAAUGGUCUGUAGAGCCGUUUACCAGUAAUGGAAUUCGUUCACUACCAAAACAAAAAGGCGUCUUACCGCCAUUUAUCAGUGCUGAAGUCUGCGUUAUACUUUACGCGUUUAUUUACUCCGUAAUAUCUACAAUUCAGGUGCAAUACGUCGAUUAUAUCGAAAGACUUGAUUCCGAUACCUUGGAGCCUGAAACCUGUGCCAACGAAUCUUCAUCCGAGGAAUAUGACAUCCAGAUGCGUGUCAACUUUAUCGUCCUUGGAUUUGUAGUCUCUAGUAGUCUGACAAGUUUCUUUACAGUUCCAAUAAUAAGUCAAUUCUCACUACACAUAGGAUAUAAAUGGGGAUUGGUGAUAAACCUAAUAUCCUUGCUUGUUUCAUGCUGUAUUUGGUUGAUCUCGGUAAGCCUUCAAACCUCGUAUUGGUGGUUGGUUGUUGCGCAGUUUGUCCAAGGACUUGGAGGAGGGGUUGCAGGUGCUCAAGCUCUUGCCACGGCCUACUUAUCGCUUUUAUUUGAUGCGUAUCAUCUAACUAAACGCCUAGCCGUCACUGGCGCACUUUCUCAGCUCUCAAUGGGAUCUGCGCAGUUACUCGUCGGUUACGCGAUCAGUGAAUAUAAUUUUACCACAUCGUUUAUUAUAGUCACAUUGGUUAGUACUGCAUUGACUGUGUACACCGCAGCAUAUAUCAAGCAUAUACCACCUAAUGCCAGUGAUACGACCGGUCGUGACAUUUUCCGAAAAAUAAAGUUACUUAUUAAAGAAAAUUCUACAACAGAAAAUCGCGAACUUGCCUUAAUAUGUCUGGUUUUGUGUGCUCACUGGAGCAUAAUUCGAUCGUCUGUCGUUCUUGCUAUUUUGUACAUUGUUUCAUACCCACUUUGUUGGGAAAGUGAGAGAGUUGGUUGUUUCCUGGCUUUACUUUUUGGACUGGGGAGCAUAGGACCGCUACUCGUGUUUUUUGGCACUAUUCCUGACCUGUACUUAUCUUUACUGGGGAUAGCAUCAUCUGGGAUCUUUGUAAUAUUCUGUGCAUUUGGUUACUCUUCUGAACUCAUGUUCAUCGGUGCUUCUGUGUCUAUGUUUCGGGCGAUAGUUGGCGCUGCUCUUCUUGCGUACCUGAGCAAAAUGUAUUCCCAUCCCAGAAGUAAGGUAGUUUUAGCGAUAGCUGGCUGCAGUAUUGCUGUUGCUGAGGUCAUUGCACCAGGAAUAUUUCAAACUAUUUACGGCUUUACAUUACAUAUAUCGACGUCAAUCACCUUCUUUUUUAUGUUCUUCAUUUAUGCUCCGUGUGCAUUGAUAAUAGGUAUUUAUGCAGGUUUGAUACCAACAUCAUGCAGUAAUCCCGGUAACGAUCAAGAUGAAUUACAAAGUGAAGAUACAGAAGACAUACUACUUUUAGCUGAGAAGUGUUAAUUUCUUAUAGGCCUAUCAAUUGUUUUCAGUAAACAAAUAUUAUGACCCGUCAGAUUCUCUUGGUCGGUAAACAGAAACAGCAAUGAAGUCCAAGAAACACUAAAAUAUCAGUCAAUUAAGAACAAUGCACUGCAAAUUUUAAAGGAUCAGAUAAAUCAUCAACUCAAUUUAUCAUAAGUCUAUCAAAAUACAUAUUUGCUGAAUUAAAGAGACAAUUUAAUGGCAAAAAAUUGAUAAUUUUCAAUAGCUAAAUAGCAUAUUUUUAAACGUAAUUAAAAGAUACAAUAAAACUAAUGUUUGCAUAUAAACAGUACACUGAUGUUAUUUCGAGUAUAUGUAUGCCAAUGUUAGUGCAUGUUUGAAAACAAAAUACAAUAGGAUAAUAAGAAUUAAUAAUGAUAAUGAUGAUGACGAUG